GUCAUGUGCCGUUUGUCCAGGUCGGAUGCUCCGAUUGAUUGAUUGAUUGCUUAUCGUGGUCUACUUAAACCUCCCUCUUUCCCUACUUCACCUGUCAUUUCUACUCGGAAAGCCUUUCAACAAAGCAAGACAUGUCAACUGUAGCAGCACCUCUUGUACCCACCACCACUCCAUUCGUCGGAGCCGGACUCCUACCUACCGUCUGUACGCCCUAUGAUGAGACUUUCGAUACCAUAGACCUUACGGUCGCAUCUCCUGAAGAAGCGUAUCAGAGACUUUCGCAAGCGGCGAGUACGACAGGCGUGGCACUCAUCUCCAGCCUACCCGUGCGUCCUCCCAUCUCCGCGAUACAGAAUCUCUUCGCGAGGCUGUAUGCAGAACGCUCAUUGGCCUCGCGACUCAAUGCCACUUACCCCAAACGUGGUGUUUUCAAGGACGCCUGCUUGGUACCUGAUGCUUCUCCUGAGAUUGACCAGAAGACGACUGUGGACCUCUCCAUCGGUCGCCUACAGUCCCUGCGCGAGAUGGAUCCGGACCUUGUAGAAGAGCUGGGCGAAGACUUUGAAGACAUCAUGAAGUUCUACACAUACAUCGAAACCGAGGUCCUCCCUGUUAUUACACGAGCUACGUCGAACAUCAGUGACCUGGAGUUAGAGCUCACCCACAACGGAACCAACAACCACCUCCGCCUGAUUGACUAUUUUCCGUGCUCAAACCCAUCUGCACCCAGGUGUGGCGAACACCGGGAUUACAACACAUACACCAUUGUUUUCCAGGACGGCGCUGUGGGUGGUUUGGAGUUUGAGGUUGACGGUGUCUGGAAAUCUGUCCCAGCAAGUGUCGAUGCUGUCAUCUCAUGGGGUUGGUGUGCUGCUAUCUUGACCAACGAUGAGGUGAAGGCUGCCAAGCAUCGCGUUCUAAGAACCUGGCCCGUAGCCCAGCGAAGGACUACCGCGGUUGUCUUCGUUGCACCUGAUCUUGAUACCGUCCUUCAGCCGACGAGUGGUCAAGGAACGAAAGAUGGAAAAUGGCGUCGAGAGGUCCAAGAAGGAUGUGUGACUGUUGGGGCUUUCAAGGAGAUCAUAGGCAAGAAAUGGAGGAGACGUGAGGGAAACGAACCCGGCGAAGUCAUUCAAGGGGCACAAGAUCGAGAGAUCGAGGCGUAUCUGAAGUCUACGUAAUGCGAGGUGACGGGAACGUACCUUCUUCGCCAUGAGGGGGUUGCGUUAGGGCUUCUGUAACUUAAGUUAGAAAUUCGAGACUCAUGUUUGUGAAAAAAA